CCCAAGAAGCAGGUAAAAGAGCAGAAGGUAGCAGGCCAACAGGAGGAGCUUGAUGAUGAUCUUCCCAAGGAUCCCCGCCAGCGCCGAGUGCUGGAACGUAAUCGCAUUGCGGCGAACAAGUGUCGUCUCCGCAAGCGUGAUGAGGCAUUAGCACUUGCUUCUCGAGAAGAAGCUAUGGAGGGCCAGAACCGCGAUCUUAUGAUGUGUUUCAACUCUUUAAACGUCGAAAUUUGCUACCUAAAAACCCAAUUACUGCAGCAUACAGACUGCAAUUGCGUUCUUAUCCAGAAAUACAUCGCAAAUGAGGCGAGGAAGAGCGUGGAUGGGAUGCUCGCUUGUUCUUCUGUCUUUGAUACCCGUGGUAGUUCGUGGAGCCCCGGCCACGGGAACCCAAUCAACGCCAACACCGCCGGAGAGUUGAACAUGCCGGGUCUGGAGGCGGGCAGCUCCCCGCCCUUCCUGACGAACUCUUUUCAGCAGGGAUCUAGGGUAUCGAAGGUUAGUGGCGACAUAUUCGCCAUGGGUUUAGAACCAAUUCAAAAGGCCGCUAUGCCGCCUGAUUCGAUAGUCUCUACCCAACCAGUUCAAGCGUUCUCCCUCACCGAAUGUGGAAUAGGCCUAUAUCUCAACGUGGGACCUCAAGAACAUCAAGCGGAUGAGAUUGCUUGGGGCUCAUACUGGCAGUUUUGAUACUAGUGGCUAUCGCUAUUUCUUAAUAUCAGAAGAAGAAAUAAAAAUCCCGCGUGAAGAGCUCAUGAAUACAGAGUUGGUCUAUAUCCUG